AUGCACCGUUCUGAAUAAAAAGGAGGAAAAGGAUAAAGCUUUCUCAACCAGUUUUUCUAAAUUUCCAAUUCUAAUUUCUAAAUAAAUGGAAGAAAAGGAUAAUAAAGCUUAAAUCUCAAGCAGUAUUGUCAUUAAGGAGAAAGCUUAAAUUUCAAGCAGUUAUUGUCAGCAACGAAAAGGUUUAAAUAGUGACAGAACAUACUAGAGCUUCAUCCGUUGCUAGUUGCACUCGCGUACCUCGAUUCCUCCCAGGGUGGUGCUGUUUCGUGUUCUUUUUAUUGGCGGUAAAAUGCCAGAAGAUAUUGUUUACCAACACCCUUUGUUUGGUGGCAAGAUAUCUAGCACAUUCCCCCACAGAUUCCAGGAUGUCAGCAGCAUUCGACAAGUCCCUGAUCAUCAGGAGGUGUUUGCGGACCCGAGCCGUGAUGAAAGCUUGAUCUUUGAGCUUUUAGAAUUCAAGCCUGAUGUUGCUGAUAAUGGGAGUGCUGGGUGGUUUCUUCAAGACCUUGCUAGUGAACAGGAUGCUGAAGGAAGUGUGGUUAUUGAGCAGUCAGGAGUUCUUGAAGCACCUGGUUUGAUGUACAACAAUACGCCUGCAGUUGUAACAACUGCAGUGGGUCAAAUGGCAAUUUCUAAAGGACGGCAAGGAAGGGAAGCACAAAAUAUUGUGAAAGUUUAUUUGGCAAAUUUGCGUCUUAGAGGAGUUGAUACUGAUGUACUAGUCUCUGCAUAUGAGCCCAUUGUUAUAAACCCUUUGAGUGAAAGUGCAGACACAGUUGGUGCUGGUGUAGCUGUUCCAGCUGCUCAAGCCGGAUGCAUGCCCAUGGAUGAGGUCUUUAAACUUGCUGUUACAAGCUUCAGGGUUCAUGACUGGGGUCUUUUUUGAUGCAAAGACCAUGCUAGGAGCAAGUUAAUGCUCAACUAUGUGGAGUUCAGGCUUAAAAUUUUUUAUUUGAGUAACAUUUGGAAAAGUAGGGGAAAUCCCAUUUUGAUCACUGUAUAUUCCUCGUGUUUUCUUUCUUGGUCCAUAAGUACUCUUUUAUUUUUGGCAUUUGGUCAUAUUUCAUCUAGUUAUUAACUUACUAGGAUUGUCACUAGUUACUUGAGAAUAAUGUGUUUGGAAAUGUCAGUGACUUUUUUCCUUCUACAAGGUGCUGGAUUGCUGUUUUUAAUAAUAGUUCACUUUUGAUGUUGCUUUAUACCCAGCAAUCUGGGACAGAAACAACGUGCUUCCUGGAAGCUCUGUGAUUACUUGCAGCAUGAAAGGGCCAUAGCCCCCAGCUUGUACGUGGUAGGGUUAUGUAUUAUUGAGUUUUGGUAGACAGAGUAGUUAUAGACAAAAUGAUGAAAUGCUUGAAGAGACUUCUAGACAGAGCAUUGCCUACUAUAGACUUUCAAAUCAAUAGGUGACAGACAUAUGUUUCGUGCUAGA